UGUCUCUCAUGGACCAAAUCCACUUUGUAAAGUUGGAGAAUGCGAAGGACACAAUACUCGGAAUUGGCAUGGCUGCUGGCAUUUCAGGUCAUGGCAGGGGAACGCCGACCCUAAUGCUGUAGCUUCCUAGUCGGCGGUGGGGCUCAGGCUACAGGCCUAUAGUCGAAUAAUGUUUGCUCAUAGAUGCCGUGACAACGCAGCCUUAUCUCAGAGUAAGAGGGUCGUCUUGCUCUAUCCCUCAACAUCUAUAAAAUGUCCUCCUGCUUGAUGCCCGGAUAAGGCUACACGUACAAUUUGAUCAAGUUCAAAGACCAGCUGGUGAACUGAUCUUGAAACAACAACAAUGGAGGCUCCUUCCAGUUCCAACCCUUCACACAUGAUGGAUCAAAAGGAAGAGUAGAGCUCAGGAAGGAACAACAGGCAGAAUUAUCAUAACUAGGCUUCACCCUGCACCGAAGGCCCCGUUCUCUUGGAAGGCUGGUCUUGCAACUGUACGGAAGCUCCCGGCUUUUAUUGCUCUGUGUACGGAGCUUCCUAGAGUAGAGCCCGUCGCAGUUGAAAGGACAUCUUAAUUUGUCAGAUCCGGAAAGGGGAAUUUUAUGGGCUAUAACUUCCCUGCAACUAUAGAUUUAGUUCAAGUGGAGAAAAAAGGCACUCUUCAGAUCGCUUCUAUUGUAAAUUCUUGCAACCAGGAACCGCAGAGAACCCAGGACGCUUUGUCGGUAGGCCUGAAGCUCGGGAGUUGGAGCUGUGUGGAGGAAGGACCCGUGCAACAGUCUCAGAAUCCUGGAUUCACAGUGAUGGAGCCACCAUCGUGCGGAUCGUCAAAGAGGGCUCGGGCACCUAAUAAUGGUUCCCAAGUUCCCUCCUGUUUGGUUGAUGGAUGCAAUUCUGAUCUCAGCAAAUGCAGGGACUAUCAUCGGAGGCAUAAGGUUUGUGAGCUUCACUCAAAGACCCCGAAAGUUACGAUUAGAGGUCAGGAACAGCGGUUCUGUCAGCAAUGCAGCAGGUUUCAUUCCCUGGGGGAAUUUGAUGACGGGAAGCGGAGCUGCAGAAAACGUCUUGAUGGCCACAACAGGCGCCGCAGAAAGUCCCAGCCAGAUCCUUCCUUAAGCUCCUCUCGAUUUCUUGCCAAUUACCAAGGCACGAAGUUCGUACCAGUUAGUAGCUCUCAAAUAUUCCCAGCUAGUGCUCUUGGGGCCUGCCCUUGGGCUGGAGCUGUCAAGUCGGAAAACGACCCUGUACUGUACAGCAGCAGCAGCAGCAGCAGCAGCCACCCCCAGCAGCUCAACGUCAGUGACAGGAAAAUGCUCUUCUCCGCUUCCUCACCUCACGGUUACAGACCGCAAUUCCAAUUUCCGUUCAUGCCAGGCAACAAGGAUGUGACUGGUGGAACUUCAGUAUGUGAACCUACUCUUAGUCCCAAUCCUGUGUCAGGAAAUAACAGUGGAUGCAGCAGCCAGAAAAUGCUACCAAGCUGCUUAGUCGGAGCGCUGAGCAACUCCGAGUGUGCUCUCUCUCUUCUGUCAUCGCCACUUCCGGCUGCUGCCCAUCAGAAGGGUGUUGGCACUACGAUGCAGUUCGACCCGCAGGAGCCCUCUCACUCCUCAAUGCCCGCAUUGCACUACAACCGGGUGGGAACAGGCGAGCCCACGAGUUCCUUUUUAGCUUCUCCGGGCAGCCUCCAUGGUAUGUUUCGGAGUGGGCAAGACGAGUCAUCUGCAAGUGGGUCCCAGUCUCACCACACACCCUCCUUCACCUGGGAGUAAGUAUCCACCAGAUCCUGGUCAGGUUGGUUCAUUUCCAAGGUGAUAAAUCAUUGACCGUCAUUAGAUGUCAGCCCAAUAAUGUCUCCUCGAGCAAUAAUCGAAGUUCCACCGAGCUAUGGGGUUUCGUAGUUAGCUUCUCUUCUAUUGCAUCGUAUUAUCUGUUAGUCUUCAUCGAUCAAUUCCAAAUAUUAAGUCCGUCGAGGUUGUAGAUAUGAUUAUGCGAGUGUCGUUAUUUAGGUAACUUUUGUUUAUUUAGAAAAACCCGUAUUUAUGUAAGUUGGGCUUCUUCAAUUGUUGUAAUGGGCGGGCUUUUCGUGGAUUGGGCCAAAGUUCACUUCUCUAUUUCUCAACUCAGCCCACUGAGUUUUGUUAUAUAAGUUACAUAUAUAUAUAUAUAUAUAUGUAUGUAUGUAUGUAUGAGCUGG